CUGGGAGGUUUGAUGCAGUUGGGUUUUAUACUGUAGGAUGUCGGUGGGGAUAAGAUGGUGGGAUUUGUGCGUUUUGUGUUGUGUGGUGAUGAUGCAGCUGGCGUGUGAUGGGCAUUAUGUUGAUGAUGGCAUGUCAGAUGCUUUGCUGUGCCGACGUUGUGGACACGAAAUUGCAAUACCCAGUGACAUCACAACUGUCAUCAGCCAGCGUGCAGUCAGUCGAAGAAAUGAAUCCAUUCAUCACAAUAUAACGGCGCUAGUUCAACUCUUCACGAACCCACAAGGCCACUCGUUUGAGGUAAUUACUGCCUUGAGAGCCAACUACACUGCACACGGAGAUGCAUAUUUGGAGUUCACUUGGUUUCCUGGAUUCAAAUGGACGAUCAUUGCUUGUCCUGUCUGUGGUGUACACAUUGGAUGGUCAUUUGAGGCAGCAGAUGGACUGGAGUCUGGGAAUGUUCCGAAGAAGUUUGUGGGGCUUAUAUUGUCAAGACUUCUCCAUGAAUCAGUUGUGGAGUCAUUAAUUUUGACACCAAGAGCGUACCGAACGGCAUAGAAGGAGGACUAUUCUAUGUUCACACAUCAUCUAUUACUUGCUAACCACAGCAGCACAUUGCUGGAGUAUAAAUUGAAGUAUAAAUUAAUAUAUU